AUGAGUAAAGCCUCUGUGUCAAUGAUGAAGUACGUUCCCCUUCCCUCUUCUUUUACAGUGAACAGAAAUAUAAGAAGGUUUAACAUGGCUGAAUACGACCGGAAAACUUUCUUCUCUUUCAACAUAUUCUCUUUAUUCUUAUUCGCCCUUCCAAUUGUUUACAUGUCUAAAGUCAACUACAGAAUGUGUGAAGAGAACGAGGUCAUAUACAUUAAGUUAGAGAAUGCUCGUUUGAGUGUAACGAAAAGCAUUUUUUCAAAUUAG